UAUUUGGUGGCAAUGACCGUCCUGGUCUUGCUGAGGACGUUCACCAUGGCCAGGGACCCAGCUCUGGAUGAAGCCUGGAAAGAUUGGAAGAGGACCCAUAAUAAAAUAUACCGUGAGAGGAAUGCAGAAGACUUCCGGAGAACCGUCUGGGAGGACAAUCUCCAAACGAUCGAAGAGCAUAACCGUGAAGCUGCCCAGGGGAAACACACCUUUCAGAUGGCCUUGAACCAGUUCAGCGAUUUGACAAAAGAAGAAUUUAAGGAGAAGCUGAAUGGGCUCCGCCCUGACCUGCCCAGACAGCAUGGUGGCGGUGCAAUCUUGUACGAAAAAUCUGGCCCUCUGGUGCUUCCUGAAUCCGUGGACUGGCGUAACACAGGUUGUGUCACCCCGGUGAAAGAUCAGGGCAGCUGUGGCUCGUGUUGGGCGUUUGCUGCCGUCGGUGCCCUGGAAAGUCUCCAUUGCAUUCAGACUCGCAAGCUGACCCCGCUGAGUGAACAAAACCUUGUGGACUGUGCUUGGCCACAGGGGAACUAUGGGUGCAAUGGAGGGUGGCCGAGUCGGGCCUUCCAGUACGUCCUGCAGAACAACGGGCUCAACUCAGAACGCAUCUACCCCUACACGGGACAGGAUGGAAGGUGUAAUUUUCAAAACUCAGACCGAGCGGUCAGGAUCCGAGGGUGGGUCGAUCUCCCUGAAGAUGAUGAGGGUGCCCUGGAACAGGCUGUGGCCCUUUAUGAGCCAGUUACUGUUGCGGUGGAUGCUUCCAACUUCAACCUUUAUGGUUCAGGAAUCUUUGACUACCCCUGCGGGACCAACCUGAACCAUGCUGUGCUGGCAGUUGGCUAUGGCGUUCAGAAUGGAGUUCCUUACUGGAUCAUAAAGAACAGCUGGGGAACUAACUGGGGUGAGAACGGCUACAUGCGGAUGCGAAGAGGCGUCAAUCUGUGUGGUGUGGCACGUGUGGCCAGUUACCCCGUGUGACCAGCUAAGGCUCCACAACCCUUCCUUCUGGAAUCUUCCAAACUUCAGAGCAACGAAUCAUUAGGACGCUUCACCUCUUAUUUCAUAGCUA